AUGGCCAGACGGGUUCGCAGCGGAUGUUGUAAUGCAUUGCAUCUCAAUGAAGACAACUCCCGGUUCUUACUGUUAGCACUCGUACUCAUAGUAUACAUGAUUUUGGGCGCAAUCCUCUUCCACCUCCUGGAAAGGGAUGUCGAGGAGAGGGCCCGACAGAAGUAUUGGAGAAUAUUUGACAAAUUCCGACACAAAUACCAGAAUCUGAUUAAUGAAAGUGAUUUGAAUGAACUUCUCUAUGAAUACGGAAACGCGACGGCCAGUGGUGUGAUUGGGCCCACACAGCGCUGGGAUAUAUCCGGAUCAUUUUAUUUUGUGGCUACUGUCGUCUCAACCAUAGGCUUUGGGAUGACAACUCCUAAAUCCAUUUCUGGCCGAAUGAUUGUCAUUAUAUAUGGAUUUUUUGGCUGUUCCGGAGGAAUAUUAUUCUUCAAUUUAUUUUUGGAGCGAAUUAUAACACUAUUGGCUUAUGUUAUGAGACGAUAUCACGAGAGACGCAUCCGAAGGGAUAAUCAAAGACGUGAUUCACUCUAUAAGAACAGAAGGGAGUCGUGUGUAUCGGUGGACGAGAGGUUGGACAGGAACUGGAAGCCAUCGGUGUAUUGGGUGAUGACAGUGUUGGCCACAUUCACGACACUCAUAGGCAUCUCUGCGUCGGCCGUGUACUCGAUGGUCGAGGACUGGGAUUACUUGGAUUGCAUUUACUUCUGUUUCGUCGCCUUUUCGACCAUUGGUUUCGGCGAUUUGGUUACCAAUCAGAAGGAUCCCAUAGGACACGACUCCUACCACUCCCUCGUCUACCGGAUCGCCAACUUUGUGUUCAUAGCAUUGGGCUGUUGUUGUAUUUAUAGCCUGUUUAACGUGACCUCUAUAGUAAUCAAACAAUUUCUGAAUUGUAUGAUAAAGAAGUUGAAUUUCAAGUGCCGGUGCCGUCGCGGCCACCGGACGCCAGUCAUGACACAAGUGACCAGAAGUCGGCGAAACGCGUUGACGCCAAACCAUCUGCGAAACUACUCCAACGCCACCCACAAGACGGUGACAGUGAAGGCCAGUAUCGCCGACACGAGUGACGCCGACUCGACGUAUGACUCGGACUCCGAGCGCCGCAACUCUAAUGAAAUGAUUUGUAUGAAGGAUGUGAUCAAAACCAAUGCGGUUUCGUUGGCUAUACUCCAGAAGGAGUUGUAUGAAUGCGCCCAAAGGGAAAGGAGUUACAGGAGUCCCGCCAUUCUCUUGCCCUCCAAAGCCAAUGACAAUGACUUCAAUGUGGGAGCUGUCGGUCCGCUCGCUAUUGUGUCCAAAAAGUUAGGCGAAGACGACAAUUGA